GAAAAGCGUAGACGGAAGAAGCGUAUUGCACCUGCUUGUCCUCCUCGGCCAGUAUCAGCAUCUCUCCGCUCUCUCUCCCUCCAUCCAGCACCGGCGGCGUUCCAGCAUGUCUCUGUCCGGCUCGCAGACACCAGAGGACGGACUGUACGGCUCCUGGGUCGAGCUGGAGGAGCUGAUCGCAGCCGUGAGCCGCAGGGAUAGUCUAACAGGGCCGGAGGACAGCAUCUCCUCCGCCCUGCAGGGGGAGCUGGAGAGGAUCCUUCUGGAGGCACAGCUUGAGUGUGAGAGGAGUAGAGACAGUCCUCCACAGGUGGGGACUCCACAGUCCACUGGUUCCCCGAGACCCACUAGUGAUCAGGACAGUGACUGUGUGACCAUACAGGAGGAAGGUGAGCGGCGAGGGGACACUGACUGGGUGUGGGAUUGGUCCAGUAGACCUGAAAAUAUGCCACCAAAAGAGUUCGUGUUUCAGCACCCGAAGCAGCAGGGCUCCCUCAGCGUUAGGAAGACAGAGGUGAUGAAGAGAGGAAUCUUCUCCUCCGAUGUUCUCCUCAUCCUCGGCCCCUCACUGCUGGCUUCACACUUGCUCACACUCGGAGUCGGGAUCUACAUAGGAAAGCGAUUGGCUGCUUCCACAACUAGCACGCUGUGAUGUCGGCUGUAGCCCAGUGACCCCGUUUGCUAAGAGUCUGGCCAGUAAGGUCACAGUCCGCCCUCCCUCCUGCACUAAUUUGCCUCCUUCCUUCGUCACGGGGCAACCUUAGGACCCUGCCUGUCUGUACCUCUAUCUCUCUGUUCAUCUGUACGUCUACCCAGCAGCACCAUGCCAGUCUGUCCUUCUGUCAGCCUCUCCGUCAGUCUGUGCAUGUCGUAGGGCCCGAGGAGCGGAUGGAUGCCGACCAAUGAGUCAGACUGAGGUCACUUUUACUCUCCCGGAGAGUAACACUGAUCUCAACCAGCUAAAGCAUAAUCAGAGAGAAGAGAUUGCCCAGAUGCAAGAGAAAGGAGAGAAAGAAUUUUUUACUCAGCUAGAACAAUAAAUCCUUUUGAUAGGUAGAGAUAAAAACGGUUCGUUGGGAACAGUGUGUUCAGACGAAAUGAGAAAGAUAAUAUGUGGUAGCCUUUCGCCCAACCUUUGAAAAGCAAAAUGUCUGUCAUUCGUCAAAAGUAACGACCCCUGUUAGACUGAGCUGCUAAAAGUGGUUCUUGGGGUUUUUCUGCAAUGAUGGUGUUAUCUAAUAUAGAGAGUUUUAGUUGGCCGAGUGAAUGUAGGAGUGGCUCUGGUUGUGCUUUUUGUCCUGUAAACCAAUUAAAUAUCUGACCUCCGACAAAGACAAUCAUUAUC